UGGCUCCGAGCGCAGUCUGCUGGAUACCAGAGAGUAGAGAAAGAGUGAGUGAGAGAAGCGAGCCUAUAAACCUCUGCGGUGCAGAGCUGAAGAAGCAGCUUCUCGGCGAGAAAGAAAAACGAAGAAAGGGAAAACAGACGUCCUGUUUACUUCGCUUCCUGGCUCCUUUUUUAUUUUCCUGGAGAAAAAAAAGGGACUUAUUGCCGAGAAGGUGCGACGUGGACUGGUGCCCGUCUCAGCGCGCAAACCUGGUAUUUCUUCUAUUAUUAUUAUUUAUCUUGAUAUUUUUUAUCCGCGAAUACCCUUCUGCUGAAAGGACUGAGGUUUUUUUUCUUUUGCACUGAGGCAGCACUGUUUUCUACCUCUUGCCCGGUUUCUGUCAGAUUACUCCAGCAGAAGUAGGCUAUAUGACGCAAACAGCGUGCUGAGCAUUAGUCUCAAAGUUUUUCUCCACAACUUUUUUUUUUCUCCUUUUUCUUUUUUUCCCCACCACCACCAAUCACACGGUGUUUCAUGCUACAGCAAGUCAGCGCAGAUUUGUGGAGGAGCCAAAAGAACUAUUGCAUGAAACAAGAAAGAAGAGAAGAGACUUUGAUUAAUAAGUCCGUGUUUGCGACACUCGCCAACACCUUUGCGUAUCUGCAGAAGAGUCGCGACAGCAACAUGAGCGCAGAGCUGAGCAUGGGCCCGGAGCUGCCCAGCAGCCCUCUGGCUCUGGAAUAUGUCAAUGAUUUUGACCUGAUGAAGUUUGACGUGAAGAAGGAAGGCCUGGUCGGGCUGGAUCGCAACGGGGUGCGCCAGUGUAACCGCCUCCAACCCCAGGGCUCCGUCUCAUCCACCCCAAUCAGCACGCCCUGCAGCUCGGUGCCCUCCUCGCCCAGCUUCAGCCCCACGGAGCAGAAGCACCACUUGGAGGAGCUGUACUGGAUGCCGAACAGCGGGUACCACCAGCAGAUAGACCCGCAGACGCUGAGCCUGACCCCGGAGGACGCUGUGGAGGCCCUGAUUGGAGCCACGGCUCACGGUCACCCGCAGGCUCCGCACGUCCAGCAGCAGAUGCAGCAGCAGCAGCAGCAGGGCGCUUUCGAGGGCUACAGGGGCCCGCACCACCACCAUAGCCACCACGGCCACGGCCAACAGCAGCAUCAUCACCCGUACGCGGGGAGCCUCCCGCAUCACGCCGAGGAACUCUCCGGACACCCGGGGGGACACAACCAUCCACACAGCCAGCACCACCACCACCACAGCCAGGACCCCGACAGCCCGUCUCCAGUCUCCCCCGAGUCUCACCAGACGCUCCACCACCACCGCCACCAUCACCACCACCACCCGCACGGCCACCUAAGCCAGACGGGCGCGCACCACGGCGCCGGCGGUGGCGGGCUCAACGUGGAGGACCGCUUCUCGGACGAGCAGCUGGUGUCCAUGUCGGUGCGGGAGCUCAACAGACACCUGCGGGGCUUCACCAAGGACGAGGUGAUCCGUCUCAAGCAGAAGAGGAGGACCCUGAAGAACCGCGGCUACGCGCAGUCCUGCAGGUUCAAGCGCGUGCAGCAGAAGCACGUGCUGGAGAACGAGAAGACGCAACUGAUGAACCAGGUGGAGCAGCUGAAGGCGGAGAUCAGCCGGCUGGCGCGGGAGAGGGACGCCUACAAACUCAAGUGCGAGAAGCUGACGGGGUCGGGAGCCGGGAGCGGGUUCCGCGAGGCCGGCUCGACCAGCGACAACCCGUCAUCGCCAGAGUUUUUCAUGUGAGUCGUCCCCCGUCAGCCUUUCCACAACAAACUCUCGCCCUGCUCCCUCCCUUCCUCUACCACACCUUGACCGACUCUCCUCAUGAACAGACAGUAAUAAUCCACACAUCCCCACACCUACUGUUUGAUUGUUACUAAUAACAGUGAAAUUAUAUUCAUAUUAGAAGAAUAAUCCAUCAGAUAGCUACUAUUCUCAUAUAUAACCAUCUACCGAUGCCUCCACGUGUCAACAGAGAUGCAACAAGCGAAGUAGAGUCCGAUCAGGCGCUGCACCUUUUGUAGAUUAGUUGCUUGUAGUGAAGAGACUCUUCGUGGAGGGGAAAAGGAGGACCCUCAGAUGAACAUUGUUCUUCUCCGCCAAGGUUGCAGCUUUUUAAACUAACCUGUAAGUAAGAGUGAGACGUGGGAUCAAGGCAGAUGUCUUUUGUUGACAAGUUUUUUUUUUGUUGUUGUUGUUGUUCUGCAAAUUCAAGACACUGUUUAUGAACACAAAAACAAGCAGGCCUGGCCUCACAAGCAUCACAGUCUGCAAGUCGGGCCCCGAAAUUUCUCUCCAAAAAAAAAAAAAAAAGAAAAAAUAAUCAAACAAGCGUGACUCCACUUUAUGCAAAUUCAGCUCCUGUCUACCAGGGAGGGCGUGGGAUGGGGGGUCUGGGUGAAAAGGGGGUGACAUUUUAUGCAACAUUUCAUUGAUUUAUUGCCUGCUUGGUUAUAUUCGAAUAUAUGUAAAAAGAAAAGAAAAAAAAUCUGCAUUAAAUAUUAAUCCUGCAUGCUGGACAUGUACGGUAAUAAUUUCUAUUUUGUACUUUCAUCUUCUCCUGUAUAUUAAGAGCAUGUCGUUGAUCUGUGCUUCUCCAUUUUUUUCUUGCAUUUCUUUUCUUUUUUUAAAGAUAACACAGGACUGCCGGUGCAGUACCAUUUUUGGUGAGGGGCUUUCAUGAUGAUUUUUUUUUUUUUUUGAAGGGGGGGUCAAGGGGGGGCUUGUAAAUAUUACGCAACUGCACAACAAGAUUGAGGAGGCUGGAUGAACUUCUUUUCUUUUGUGUUACCUUCAUUUAUUGUUUGUUACGAUUUAUUUUCUGUCAUUUGUAGCGAGUUGUGUCGAAAAUAAAGGAAGAAUGCAUUUUUUUUUUAUCCAGUUGCAUUUAAAUACACCAAACUGUGUUUCAAGUGCACUUUUAGAUGAUGGUUUAAAAAGUUUUCAUUUUGAACUUUGCCCAAACCUCCCUACAGGAAGACAUACUAUCAUGUUAUGCUGUUACAUUAUUAUUGUUAUUAUUUUUUAAAAAGAGGCCCAGUUGUAACAGUUUUAGUUUGAUAUUUGGGCGCAUGUAGGCAUGCUGACUUCUGAGUCACAGUGAAACAAACAGAAAUUAUUAAAUAUUGUUUUUUUUUGUUUUUGUUCAUUUAAAUUCUGUUUGAAUAUGUUUUCUUCUGCAUGAACGUAUCCCCUCAUUCCGACGCGAAGCCACCUGUUGCUCUCUAUCACUGGGCCUAAGAUUAAUGAUUUGUAUUUUAACUACUUAGAAAUCAUGCUUGCUAAAAGUUUUAAAGUGGAGCUAAUAUUUAGAUAACACAUGUUUUGAUACAAAGUUUAAUGCUCUAUGUUUUCCUGAUUUUUUUUCUGCCGGUCAGUAAAAAAAGGGGACUCAGGUUGUGCAAAUUUUCAAAAUGAAAACAGUGUUUAUGUUAUGUAAUAGGUUUUUUUGUUUGUUUGUUUGUGUGUGUUUAUGUCUGUUUCUAUUAUUAUUUGAUGAUUCUGGUUCUGCUGGCCAGAUGCGUAGUUAUUAAAAAAAAGUCUUUAUUUUUAAUGAUUUAAAUUAAAUGUGUGAGAUCUUAUCGAUUUGAGCACGGUGCUUGCAUUGAAAACAUGUUGAAAAGUCAUUGCAUUUAAAAAAAAACAAUCUUUUUGGUUUGUUGAUUCAACUGUGUUGAAAUCGAACUGAAACUGCAGCAGCAGCGGGAUGUUGUUUUGUUCUGUUUUUCACCGAUUCCAUGUAUACCUACUUCUAGCGAUGACAUGGGGGAGGGGAUCAAUUUUCAAUCCUGUUUAUAUAUGAAUAAUAAGUAACACUUAAAAAUUUGAACUGUUGCAUUCAGGCUGGUUUCUGUUUUGUCCUUUUGUUGUUGUUUUUGGAAAAAUAAAAGUUUCAUAUUUUGCUUAUUAAAGUCAUUGAAAUGGCAA